AAUGUCGUCCCAGGCAGUGGGGAACCAGACCUCCUCCGGGGCCGCAGAUGACUACUCCAACUGGUACAUCGAUGAGCCCCAGGGGGAUCAGGAGCUCCAGCCAGAAGGAGUGGUGCCCACCUGCCGCCCCAGCGUGCUGUCGGGUCUCCUCCACACCGGCCUGGCCCUGCUGUCGGUCCUUGCGCUGCUGUUGCUGGCUGUGCUCGUGAGGUGCCGCCGGCUCCGACCCCACCACGGGCCCGGCGGGCCUGGACUGCCCCGCUUGGUGCCGAGCCCCGUGGAUUUCUUGGCGGGGGACACGGCCUGGACAGUGCCUGCGGCUGUCUUCGUGGUCCUCUUCAGCUCCCUGUGUUUGCUGCUCCCCACCGAGGACCCGCUGCCCUUCUUGCCCUUGGCUUCACCCCCCAGCCGAGAUGGAGAAACUGAGACUCCAAGAGGGCCAUGGAAGAUCAUCGCCCUGCUCUAUUACCCUGCCCUCUACUACCCUCUGGCCGCCUGUGCCACCGUGAGGCAGGGAGCUGCACACCUGCUCGGCAGCGUGCUGUCCUGGGCUCACCUUGGGGUCCAGGUCUGGCAGAGGGCUGAGUGUCCUCAGGCACCCAAGAUCUACAAGUACUACUCCCUGCUGGCUUCCCUGCCUCUGCUUCUGGGCCUCGGAUUCCUGAGCCUUUGGUACCCGGUGCAGCUGGUGAGAGGCUUCAGGAACACGGCAGGAGCGGGCUCUGAGGGGCUGCAGAGCAGCUACUGUGAGGAAUAUCUGAGGACCCUCCUCUGCCGGAAGAAGCUGGAGAGCAGCUCCCACACCUCCAAGCAUGGCUUCCUAUCCUGGGCCUGGAUCUGUUACCGAAACUACAUCUACACUCCACAGCGAGGAUUCCGACUCCCUCUGAAGCUGGUGCUUUCAGCCACCUUGACAGGGACAGCCAUCUACCAGGUGGCGCUGCUGCUGCUGGUGGGCGUGGUACCCACCAUCCAGAAGGUGAGGGCGGGGAUCACCACGGACAUCUCCUACCUACUGGCCGGCUUCGGGAUCAUGCUCUCAGAGGACAGGCAGGAGGUGGUAUGGCUGGUGAAGCAUCACCUGUGGGCUCUGGAAGUUUGCUACAUCUCGGCCUUGGUCCUGUCCUGCUCACUCACCUCCCUCAUGCUGAUCCGCUCACUGGUGACGCACAGGGCCAAUCUGCAAGCUCUGCACCGAGGGGCCGCCCUGGACCUGGGCCCCCUGCCCCAGAGUCCCCACCCCUCCCGCGAGGCCAUAUUCUGUUGGAUGAGCUUCAGCGCCUACCAGACAGCUUUUACCUGCCUUGGGCUCCUGGUGCAGCAGAUCAUCUUCUUCCUGGGGACCGUUAUCCUUGCCUUCCUGGUGUUCAUGCCUGUGCUCCAUGGCAGGAACCUUCUGCUCCUCCGAUCCUUGGAGUCCUCAUGGCCCUUCUGGCUGACCUUGGCCCUGGCUGUGGUCCUACAGAAAAUGGCAGCCCACUGGGUCUUCCUGGAGACUCACCAUGGACACCCACAGCUUACCAACCGGCGAGUGCUCUACGCAGCCACCUUCUUCCUCUUCCUCAUCAACGUGCUGGUGGGCACCAUGGUGGCUGCCGGGCGCGUGCUCCUCUCCGCCGUCUACAAUGCCGUCCACCUUGGCCAGAUGGAUCUCAGCCUGCUACCGCCCCGAGCAGCCACUCUCGACCCCGGCUACCACACAUACUGCAGCUUCCUGAAGAUGGAGGCCAGCCAGUCACAUCCGGCCACGACUGCCUUCUGCACCCUGCUCCUGCAGACCCAGCAGCCCCGGCCUCCCCGGGCCCCCCAGGACGGCCUCAGACAGGGGGAGGAAGAAGAAGGGAUGCAGCUGCUGCAGACCAAGGACCCCGUGGCCAGGGGAACAGGGCCCAGGGCCCGCCAAGGCAGGGCCCGCUGGGGGCUGGCCUACACGCUGCUGCACAAUCCGGCCCUGCAGGCCUUCCGGAAGAGGACCCUGUCGGGUGCCUAGGUCAACGGAGCCCAGCCCUGAGGGUGGGGAAGCCGCCGUGUCCUUGUCUGUGCUGGGGUGCUUCCCCCCGCCUCCAGCCCCCUCCCUCCCAGCUUCCCCAGCAUCCUCCGAGCCACCGCAGCCUCGGGGCCCGCAAGUUCCGGGGAUCGGCAUGAGCCGCCAGCACCAGAAGCCAGGGGGCGCUGUGGUUGGGUGGAGGUCUGUCCCGCAGCCGCAGCCUCGGGAGCGCUCUGGCCUGCCCCCUGGUCUUGGGAAGCCGGGGAGGGCUCGGGAGGCAGUAAUCCGUGGUUUCGGCCGUGGUCUGGGAGGCAGUGGAACUGGGGCGGCCACCUCCAGGCCCCUCCCCAGGCUGGCUCUGCCACCAGCCUGAGCUCACGCAACCUUCUCCUGACUGGGGUCGGUGAGUCAGGCCAGAACAGCCUCAGGUUCCAGCUCAGCCCCACCUCAGCCUUGGAUGCACCACCACGGAACCAGACACAGAGCUUCCUCUCUCCUCCAGCUUCCCCCUCUCCUCUCCGGGGCCCCGUGCCUUCCUGCGAGGCAGCCCAGGAGGAAGCCAUGGGCUCCUACCAGGCAGCAAAGUCAUGGCCCCAACCAGGCCCCACACCGAGCUGGCCACACUUGAGAGCCCGAUAUUUUUGCAGUUGGUAUGCCUUUAGAUAUUAUGAAAGAGAUUAGUGUGCUUCCCGUAAUAAACUUGUC